CGUAUGUAAGCUCACUUACGUCAGUCCCAUGAUGGCUGAAGAUCCUGGAGGAACAAUUUUCAAUUUCUCUCCCACUUUUUUAUUUUUCUCUUUACCUCUGCUUGUCAUAGAGACAUGGCAGGAUACACAGCCCCGAUAAGCGGCCACAGACCCUUGUUACCGCCAUGCCCAAGAAAGGGAACCGAAAACGGCUGAAAUUUCGGGCCGGGGACGUUUGCUCGGAGUCAGUGACAGUUGCUGAUUUCGCCAACGCCGACCCAGCCGUUGUGAAGUCAGGGAGGGUAAAAAAGGCAGUUGCCAAUGCAAUUGAAAAAGAAGUGAAGAUGUUGUGUGGGCUAGAGGGGUCUCAGGGUUCACUACAGGAGGUGUUCUCGUCAGCAUCCACCCUCACCGGAGACACACUGGAGAGUAGCGACGACCUCGACCCCGGGGAGGAUGGAGAGAACGAGGCCAAACAGGCCCGCAAGAAGAAGAACAAGAGGAGGAAAGAGUGCAGUGAGUGCAGUGAUGGGGAGGACUACACAGUGGAUAUAUGGCUGGUGCUGGCUUCCUAUAUCCGUCCAGAGGAUGUGUGUACAUUUGCUCUGAUCUGCAGAAACGCCUGGACCGUCACCUGCACUGCUGCCUUCUGGACCAGACUAUACAGGAGACACUACAGUCUGGAUACUCACCUGCCGUUCCGUCUGCAGCCAGACUCCAUAGCCAGGAAGCGUUGUCUACGGGCUCGCGUGAUUCGCUCCCUCUUCCACCUGUAUGAGCCAUUCAGCUCACGUGUCUCCCUGAACCCUGCCCUCCCAGAGUCCACGCCCACCACGCUACUCAACUCCAAGUGUCUGCUGUUCUGGGUCAAUAAGGUUGUGGGUUCUCCACCUGAUCCGAUGUGGGAGUUCAACUUCAAGUUUGUGAAGCCGGUGGUGAGGUGUAAGGGUGGUAAUGCCACCCGGGGUCUGUUGUUGCCCCGUCAGUAUGAGGAUGUCCAUGCUAACCCAGACUCAGACUGCUACCUGCUGCAGGUCACCACCCUGAACUUCAUCUUUACCUCCAUCGUCAUGGGGAUGACCCUCGCCCUGUUCAACAUCAACGUGAGCACAGACAUGCGUCACCACCGAGUGCGCCUGGUAUUCCAGGACUCUCCCCCCCAGCGGGGGAGGAGGGGGGAGCAGGGGGGGACACAGGUGGUGCUGGAUCCUGUACACAGCGUGAGACUCAUGGACUGGUGGCAUCCGCAGUACCCUUCCUCCCCCUAUAUCUAAAACCCAUCUCUCAUCAUGUUAGAACCCUCUUACUAUCCCACAUGCCCCACACAUUACACCCCUUUAGUCCUAAACCCCUGACUGUACCGUCUGCCUGUACACCUACACCACCCAAUAUCCCCUUUACACCUAAACCCCUGACUGUACCGUCUGCCUGCACACCUACAACACCCAAUAUCCCCUUUACACCUAAACCCCUGACUGUACCGUCUGCCUGCACACCUACACCUACACCACCCAAUAUCCCUUUACUCCUAAACCCCUGACUGUACCGUCUGCCUGCACACCUACAACACCCAAUAUCCCUUUACACCUAAACCCCUGACUGUACCGUCUGCCUGUACACCUACACCACCCAAUAUCCCCUUUACACCUAAACCCCUGACUGUACCGUCUGCCUGUACACCUACAACACCCAAUAUCCCUUUACACCUAAACCCCUGACUGUACCGUCUGCCUGUACACCUACAACACCCAAUAUCCCCUUUACACCUAAACCCCUGACUGUACCGUCUGCCUGUACACCUACACCACCCAAUAUCCCCUUUACACCUAAACCCCUGACUGUACCGUCUGCCUGCACACCUACAACACCCAAUAUCCCUUUACACCUAAACCCCUGACUGUACCGUCUGCCUGCACACCUACAACACCCAAUAUCCCUUUACUCCUAAACCCCUGACUGUACCGUCUGCCUGUACACCUACAACACCCAAUAUCCCCUUUACACCUAAACCCCUGACUGUACCGUCUGCCUGUACACCUACACCUACAACACCCAAUAUCCCUUUACUCCUAAACCCCUGACUGUACCGUCUGCCUGUACACCUACACCUACAACACCCAAUAUCCCUUUACUCCUAAACCCCUGACUGUACCGUCUGCCUGUACACCUACAACACCCAAUAUCCCUUUACUCCUAAACCCCUGACUGUACCGUCUGCCUGUACACCUACAACACCCAAUAUCCCCUUUACACAAAAAACCAUCCUCAGUACCCUGUCUCCCUGUACAGCCAGAACCUUGCUUCAGCUCAGCCUUCUACAGCCCCAGACACAAAACACCAAAACACCCAGCUCUCCAGAGACCAACCCUCAAUACCUUCCAAUCCCCUCACAUUGCCUACCCAUACCCCCACCCUCCCUAAGUUUAUGUUGAACAGAUGCAGAGACAAUGUCAUUUCUUUUAAUAUUUCCUCCUUUCUGUAACUGCUAAAUCUUAGUUUAAGGCCAUUUUUAAACGGGGGACUUUUGAUUUUACAUUUUGGUUUGACUUUAAUUCUAGGGUCCCAAAUGCUGAUUUUCUGCUUGUGUAAUUGUAUUUUAAUUGAUACCUCUAAUCAUUGGUACUUUGUAAACCCCUACACCACCUCAGGAAGGAAGGGGAGAUCUGAAGGCUGUGAUGGGAGCAGCAUUUUAUAUCCUGCUUAUGUCUGUGUUAGAAUGUUUCUGAACACAAGGCCAGUCUUGUAUGUAAACAAUGAUCAGUAGAAGCAGGCCAAUCUUGCUUAAUUUCUAACGAGGGUGGUAUUUUAAGGAUCAACAUGUAAUACCCACAGGAGACUGGAUGGCAGCUCUGUUCUACUGUUCACUCGUCGUCCAAUGAAAAUGCAGUUAAGAACAUUAGUGUUUGAUUUUAGUUUGAAUAUAGAAGUUUGUUAUUGUGUGUAGUGGAAAGCAAAGCUUUUUGUUGAUGAUCAGACCUGAAGUUGCUUCAUUGUAAAUGAAUGUAUAGCUGGUUGACCUUGUGAGGGAAAUAUGUCUGUUUGCUGAGAGCCAACCAUCAUUUCAGUCCCCAUGUAAAGCCUGUGGAUGCUGUCUGUAUGUGCUUGUUUGGUCAACCUCCUGUACUGAAAUACAACUGGAAAGAACCCCCCCCCCCCA